CGGCCGUGGCCCCGCCCCGUCGGGUGGCUGGCGUCCGUUACGCGUUGAGGCAUUUUGUCCCCAGCUUCGACCCGUCUCUCUGACCUCGCCGCUGCUAUGGCGGCAGCUCCGCCGCUUUCCAAGGCCGAGUAUCUGAAGCGUUACUUGUCCGGGGCAGAUGCCGGCGUCGACCGGGGAUCUGAGUCCGGUCGCAAGCGUCGCAAAAAGCGGCCGAAGCCUGGCGGGGCCGGCGGCAAGGGAAUGCGGAUUGUGGAUGAUGAUGUGAGCUGGACAGCUAUCUCCACAACCAAACUAGAAAAGGAGGAAGAGGAAGAUGAUGGAGAUUUGCCUGUGGUGGCAGAGUUUGUGGAUGAGCGGCCAGAAGAGGUAAAGCAGAUGGAGGCCUUUCGUUCCAGUGCCAAAUGGAAGCUUCUGGGAGGCCACAAUGAAGACCUACCCUCAAACAGACAUUUUCGUCACGAUACCCCGGAUUUGUCUCCUAGGAGGGUCCGUCAUGGUACCCCAGAUCCAUCUCCUAGGAGGGACCGUCAUGACACCCCGGACCCAUCUCCUAGGAGGGCCCGUCAUGACACCCCAGAUCCUUCUCCCCUCAGAGGGGCUCGUCACGACUCAGACACAUCUCCUCCCGGGAGGAUCCGUCAUGACUCCUCAGACACUUCACCCCCAAGGAGGGCCCAUCAUGAUUCUCCAGAUCCUUCUCCCCCAAGGAGGCCUCAGCAUAAUUCUUCAGGUGCAUCUCCUAGGAGAGUCCGUCGUGAUUCACCAGAUCCCUCUCCUCCUAGGCGAGCCCAUCAUGGUUCCUCAGAUAUCUCUUCCCCCAGAAGGGUCCAUAACAACUCCCCUGACACAUCUAGGAGGACUCUUGGCUCUUCAGACACACAGCAACUCAGAAGGGCCCGUCAUGACUCCCCUGAUUUGGCUCCUAAUGUCACUCAUUCCCUACCCAGAACCAAAAGUGGUAAAGCCCCAGAAAGAGCCUCUAGCAAGACUUCUCCACAUUGGAAGGAGUCAGGAGCCUCCCAUUUGUCAUUCCCAAAGAACAGCAAAUAUGAGUAUGACCCUGACAUCUCUCCUCCACGAAAAAAGCAAGCAAAAUCCCAUUUUGGAGACAAGAAGCAGCUUGAUUCCAAAGGUGACUGCCAGAAAGCAACUGAUUCAGACCUUUCUUCUCCACGGCAUAAACAAAGUCCAGGGCACCAGGAUUCUGAUUCAGAUCUGUCACCUCCACGGAAUAGACCUAGACACCGGAGCUCUGAUUCUGACCUCUCUCCACCAAGGAGGAGACAGAGGACCAAAUCUUCUGAUUCUGACCUGUCCCCGCCUCGAAGGAGUCAGCCUCCUGGAAAGAAGGCUGCACACAUGUAUUCUGGGGCUAAAACUGGGUUGGUGUUAACUGACAUACAGCGAGAACAGCAGGAGCUCAAGGAACAGGAUCAAGAAACCAUGGCAUUUGAAGCUGAAUUUCAAUAUGCUGAAACCGUAUUUCGAGAUAAGUCUGGUCGUAAGAGGAAUUUGAAACUCGAACGUUUAGAGCAAAGGAGGAAAGCAGAAAAGGACUCAGAGAGAGAUGAGCUGUAUGCCCAGUGGGGAAAAGGGCUUGCCCAGAGCCGGCAACAGCAACAAAAUGUGGAGGAUGCAAUGAAGGAGAUGCAAAAGCCUCUGGCCCGCUAUAUUGAUGACGAAGAUCUGGAUAGGAUGCUAAGAGAACAGGAAAGAGAGGGGGACCCUAUGGCCAACUUCAUCAAGAAGAAUAAGGCCAAGGAGAACAAGAAUAAAAAAGUGAGACCUCGCUACAGUGGUCCAGCACCUCCUCCCAACAGAUUUAAUAUCUGGCCUGGAUAUCGCUGGGACGGAGUGGACAGAGACGGAGUUUCACCGUGUUGCCAGGCUGGUCUCGAACUCCUGACCUCAGGUGAUCCACCCACCUCAGCCUCCCAAAGUGCUGGUAUUACAGGCUUACAGGAUUACAGGAUUACAGAUCCAAUGGAUUUGAACAGAAGCGCUUUGCCAGGCUUGCCAGCAAGAAGGCAGUGGAGGAACUUGCCUACAAAUGGAGUGUUGAGGAUAUGUAACUUUCCUGAGGCUAUGGGGGUGGCUGGGCUGUGGUAGUGGGCAUAGGCAGCGAGAUAUCCAGUGGUAACAGUUGUCUGUGCUAAUAAUUGGAGCCCACACAGACCAGCAGCUUGUUGAAUGCCAGUUUUGACCACAGAAGAAUAUUCGAGACCUGAUGUUUGGACUGAGGUACCUGUACUUCUUGGGUGUGACAGCACCGGCUGUUGCUGGCUUUCAGAGGAAGCAUUGAUUUCUCAUUGACCAGGGUUUGUUCUUGGUAGGGUUUUUCUUUUUCUUUUUUAAAUAAACAUGUAUUUAUUUUUUUAAAAUUA